CUGACCUUAAUUCCAUGACUUGGUCAUCAUUACAAACUGCCCAAAGACCAGCUGCUAGAUCUGAUAUGGUAUAUGGAAUGGAUAUUUAUGCUGGUUACCGAAAUGUUUUUGUAAUAACCGGUGGUAAAGGUGACGGUGAUAUAGUAUAUAACGAUACUUGGGCAUUUGAUAUAACUUAUAAUACUUGGUCUGAAAUAACAAAUGUAUCUUCAACGAGUGGCCCUAUACCUCAAAUAUAUGGUGCUGUUGGAGGAAUUGAUACUUCUGUACAAGGUGGAAGUCAAACUACUCCAAACACUACUAUAUGGUUAACUCAUGGAACUAAUGGAAAAGAUUUGUUUACUGACCUUUGGGCUGUGGUAUUGGGUGGAACUUUGGCUACUUCUGGUAAUAACUUAAAUGUUCGGUGGACAAAGAUUUCUACUAAUGGUCAACUUCCUCCAG